AUGGACUUUACAAUUGGUUCAAAAGCUGGUAAGAAUUUAAAAUAUUUCAUAAAGAAAAUCAAUUUAGCUGGAAGAGUCGUGAUAGAAUUAUUUUCUGACAUCACUCCAAAGACAAGUGAAAAUUUUAGAGCUCUCUGUACAGGUAAUAGAUUCAAUUAGUUCAAAUUAUUCGGAGGCUAAAAUGUGCAUAUAGGUGAAUAUGGAAUAGGGAAGCAUACUAAGAAAAAGCUGCAUUAUCUAGGAUGCAAGGUGCACAGGAUAGUGGAGGAUUUUGUUAUUUAAGCUGGAGAUAUAGUAUCUAAUGAUGGAUCUGGAGGAGAGAGCAUUUAUGGUAGAUAAUUUAAUGAUGAGAAUUUCACCAGAAGACAUGCUCAUGCUGGACUAGUUUCGAUGGCUAAUCACGGAAGAAACACAAAUAGCUCAUAGUUUUUCAUUACUUUGAAACCCUGUCCACAUCUAGACGGAAAGCAUGUAGUAUUUGGCUAAGUAAUUGAGGGUAUGGAUGUAGUUAGAGCAAUCGCUAAAGUACCCACUGAUAUGUAUGAGAAACCUCGUAUCCCAGUUCAUAUGUUUGACUGUGGUUAGAUUGGUGGAUCUAUUUAGGAUAAGAUGCUGAGAGAUGAGUUUGCUGAACCAAAUGCAGUAGAUGAGUACGAAAAGGCAAGAGAUGAUAAAUAAAAGUCAAAAGCCAAGGAAUAGUAAAGCAAGUAAUAGUAGCAGAAUGAUAUUAAAGAGUCAGAAUCAAAACCUGAAGGCGAGGAUGAUGAGGAUGAAGAGGAGAAAAAAGAAAUAGAAGAACUAAAGAAAUAAUCUGGAAACGAUAAAUUUGCUCAUAAAAAGAUGGAACUAAUGAUGAAAAUGAAUGAGGCUAGGAAACUUAAUAACAAAGCUGUAGUUGAAGAGUAAGAGAGAUUGCAGGAGGGUUAUCUUUAUGAGAAAAGAAGAAAUAAGGAGGAAUUCUUUAAGGAUAAGAGGCAACUUUAGUAGGAAUUAGAUAAUCAGGGUUUAGCUAAGGAUAAGUAGUAUGCAUUUGAUACUGCUGCAUAAGCAGAAAAAGGAAAAAAGAGAAAAGGUAAAAACUUGACUUUCGGUUGGGAUGUGUUUAAUGAAGAUACACUCUAUAGAGCAUACUUCAAGAGAGUAAAGAACUUGCCAAACGAUAAAACGGAUUUGACUGAGGAAGAGAGAGCUGCUCUAUUGGCUUAGGAUGUUGAAAAGUAAAUAGAGAAAAGAGGGUAAUUCCAAAGAACCAGAAUGUUUGUCGAGGAUAAGGAUAUUGAUUAUAUCAACGAAAGGAAUAGAGUCUUUAAUGAGAAAUUAGAGCGUAACUUCGGCAAGCACGCAGCUGAGAUCAAAGCAAAUAUUGAAAAUGGAAAUGCUAUAUGA